UGCCUCCCCGACUGCAGAGGAACAGCCGGAUGAACCUGAUGGCCCCCUUCCUGGCUCAGCCAGUGACCAAGAAAAAAAAGUAAAAUUUUCUCCAGCUAAAAUGUCAACCAAGAAUUCUACAGAUCUAGUUGAAUAUGUUGACAAUGGCACAGUUAGAGCUCAUCCAGGGGGUCGUCCUUUUCUUCCCGUCAUCCAAAACACUCAGAAAAGUCAGCUGGAAGACAGAUUGAACAACCAGGAGCGCACCAUAGCAUUCCUCCUUGAACAAGCCUUCCGCAUCAAGGAGGACAUCUCUUCUUGUCUCCAAGGGACCCACGGCUUUCGAAAAGAGGAAUCACUUGCCAGGAAGUUACUAGAAAGCCAUAUACAGACCAUCACUAGCAUCGUCAAAAAACUCAACCAAAACAUUGAGGUCUUAGAAGACCAAAUAAGAACUCGAGAUCAGGUGACCACAGGAACUAAUUUCGCAGUGCAGGAUCUAAACAUCAAACACCUGCAAGGAGUUGGAGACCUUCGGGGAAGAGUAGCCAGAUGUGACUCAAGCAUUAUGAAGCUUUCUGGAGAUAUACACUUCAUCAGGAAUGAGUACCGGCAAAUGGAGAAAUCAAUUCAAGACCUCUUGUCUGCCCUAGAAACUGUUUCCAAGAACGUGGAUAUGAAGGUAAUGCAGCUCUUAGGAAAGAUAGAGUCUUCCACUUCUGAGCAAACCUCAAAUUUAAAGAUGAUCCAAGGAGAUUAUCGCCAUGAAAUGAACCUUUUGGAAUUCAAAUUCAAUUCACUUUCAAAUAAUCUGUACGAAGAACUUGAGAACAAUCAAAAAUGGGCACAAAGUGAGUUCAUCAAACACAGAAAAGACCACCUGAGCCAUACAAAUGAAUGUCUGAUGGUCCUGCAGGAGAAACUGGAAAAGUCUGAAAACAAAAUGGAAGAAAAAAUGUUGCAGCUUUCAAGCAAAUUAGAAAAUUUCAUUAACUCACAGAAACAGGAAGCAGAACUGAACAAAGUAAAGUUUGUAGAAAAUAAAUUGUCCAAAAAGAUGAGCCAAAUGGAAAAGCACGUCUGGGGUGAACUAGAGAAAAUGCAGAAUGAAUAUCAAUCAGGAUUUAAAUCAAUUCAUGACUCUCUCAACUCCCUCCAACAAAUACAGAAAACAAAAAUGGAUCUAGAGAAAUAUAAAGUACAGAAAGACAUAAAGAAAUUAAAGCGUAAGAUUGUGGAACUCCAGGAGGUAUAAAACUUUCCAGUCUUUUUCUUUUUCACAUGCUAAUGGAGCAAUCUGUUAGAAAUAAUUGUGAAUAAGAAAGUCAAUAUCUCUAUGGUGCUUACUGCUUCUAAUGUCUCUGUAUCUCUUACCACCAUUUAAGAAGAUGAAAGUACCAGGGAAAAACAAUAAAGAAGCUUUAUGUCUCCA